GAGUCGCUGGAGAGGUGCUUCCCUCGCGGGCAGACGGACUGCGCCAAGAUGUUGGAUGGCAUCAAGAUGGAGGAGCACGCCCUGCGCCCCGGGCCCGCCACUCUGGGGGUGCUGCUGGGUGCCGACUGCCCGCAUCCCGCCGUCUGCGAGGGCUGCCAGCGGCCCAUCUCCGACCGCUUCCUGAUGCGAGUCAACGAGUCGUCCUGGCACGAGGAGUGUUUGCAGUGCGCGGCGUGUCAGCAAGCCCUCACCACCAGCUGCUACUUCCGGGAUCGGAAACUGUACUGCAAACAAGACUACCAACAGCUCUUCGCAGCCAAGUGCAGCGGCUGCAUGGAGAAGAUCGCACCCACCGAGUUCGUGAUGCGGGCACUGGAGUGCGUGUACCACCUGGGAUGCUUCUGCUGCUGCGUGUGCGAGCGACAGCUUCGCAAAGGCGACGAGUUUGUGCUCAAGGAGGGCCAGCUGCUGUGCAAGGGCGACUACGAGAAGGAGAAGGACUUGCUCAGCUCCGUGAGCCCUGAUGAGUCCGACUCCGUGAAGAGUGAGGACGACGAUGGAGACAUGAAGCCGACGAAGGGGCAGGGCAGCCAGAGCAAGGGCAGCGGGGACGACGGGAAGGACCCGAGGCGGCCCAAGCGGCCGCGGACCAUCCUCACCACGCAGCAGCGAAGAGCCUUCAAGGCCUCCUUCGAGGUCUCCUCCAAGCCCUGCCGGAAGGUCCGAGAGACGCUGGCGGCCGAGACGGGCCUCAGCGUGCGUGUAGUCCAGGUCUGGUUUCAGAACCAAAGAGCAAAGAUGAAGAAGCUGGCGAGGCGGCACCAGCAGCAGCAAGAGCAGCAGAACUCCCAGCGGCUGGGCCAAGAGGUCCUGUCCAGCCGCAUGGAGGGCAUGAUGGCCUCGUACACACCGCUGGCCCCGCCGCAGCAGCAGAUCGUAGCCAUGGAGCAGAGCCCCUAUGGCAGCAGCGACCCCUUCCAGCAAGGCCUCACGCCGCCCCAAAUGCCAGGUGACCACAUGAACCCCUAUGGGAACGACUCCAUCUUCCACGACAUCGACAGCGAUACCUCCCUCACCAGCCUCAGCGACUGCUUCCUCGGCUCCUCGGACGUGGGCUCCCUGCAGGCCCGCGUGGGGAACCCCAUUGACCGGCUCUACUCCAUGCAGAGCUCCUACUUCGCCUCCUGAGAGCAGCCGGGCUGCACGGACGCUUGGGCACGGCCCGGGCUGGGACUCGGGGCUCAGCAGCCUCCUCG